UAUAAGGAUGGCGUUAUUCUCGGUCGUGAUACACGAGCAACUGAGGAUACUAUUGCAGCUGAUAAAUACAGCUUGAAGAUCCAUUAUCUCGUUCCUAAUAUGUACUGUUGCGGAGCUGGUACAGCUGCCGACACUGAAAUGACUACAGAAAUGAUAGCUAGCCAAUUGGAACUACAUCGUCCGAAUACUGGCCGUGUUGUGCCUGUGUGCACUGCCAACACAUUGAUAAAACAAAUGCUAUUCCGCUACCAGGGCCACAUUAGUGCUGCUCUUAUCCUGAGAGGUUUUGAUCUGGAUGGACCUCAGCUGUAUUGCAUUUAUCCUCAUGGUUCAACAGAAAAGCUGAAAUAUACCACUAUGGGAUCUGGCUCGCUGGCUGCUAUGUCG